AUGAGCCAAGAAUCGAAGCCUUUUCCCUUCGAAAGACCGCCCGUUCUGGCUGCUGUGCCGGCUCCUCCGGCUCUGACGGUUCGGAAAAUCGAGAACGAAGAGAUGCCGGUUCUGGAACAACAGGUGCCCCAAUUGGCUCAUUUCCAUCCUGACCGUGCUCUGAUGGAGCAAGAAGUCCGUCGUCAGCAUUUUCUCCAGCAACAGAUGUUCCAAGGUGCACCGAUGACGCAGGUUCAAGUUACGAAGAAGGCCAUGCAACUGUCUCGGAUGCUGUGCCCGUGGGGAGAGGAUGUUUAUCUGCUCAACUCGAUGCUCGUGAGUCCUUAUUCCCAUUCUCCCUGUUUUGUCAAUCCUUCAUUAUAGUUGCUCAAAGAAGAAGUGGUCGCUUUCAUGCGUUUGCAAUGGGAGCACAACAACAACAUUCCUCCGUUCCCUGCGUUCUAUAGCUCGGUCAGUACAGUGCUCCUUAUAAUCCCAACCGUAGUAUUUCAGUCGGUCUACCUUCUGCAACUUCAGACGAGCCAGAUCGGAAGACGCGUCAUCUAUCUGCCGUUUGUAGCCAAUGUCAUCGUACGUUUCGAAACCUUCGAUUAGGCUCAGAGUAACCUUUAAUUAGCGAGCUAGACUGCUGAUUUGUCAGCUGAUGGAGGUGGAAGUAAACAAAAUAGUGAGAGAAUGUAUGGAGAAUUAAUAAUAGUCUGACCGACUGAGCAGUGAGCAGUGAUAAAGCGAAAUGGAGGGAGUGAGCACUUCGGGGGUCUGAUCUUCAACAAUGCAUUGAUAGCCUUUCUAGGAAUGCACUGUUGGCCCAGUUGUAAUCUUCCGAACGGGCUCGCAGGCUUCAUCAGGUCUUGCGCAAGUCCAUGAAGAAUGCAAAGUGAGGCUCCGAUCGGAAUAUUGCAAGUGGGUCAAAAGUUCAGGCCUUCGAAAAGCCUGGGCGGGCCCUCACAAUCAUAAACAAUGCUCAGAAAGAACGGCUGCGAGAGGAUCUUCCGACGUUUCCGGGCGACUUUCCCUAUCCGUCGUUCAAGGAUAUCGUAUGCAAUUAGUGAGUUCAACUCGCCAUCCUUCCCUCUUUCCACCGUUUUUUUCAGUCUGCGUUUGCACGGUGCCCCCCAAAAUCCGAAUAUUAUAAUCGAGGCGAGGGCAACUUUCGAGGUGAUCACUGUCGAUGCCUCCUCAAAUAAUCUGUAAUAUUCAGCGUCUGAUGGGCGAAACAUUCCAUUACAUCCGUUAUUACAAUCAGAAAUACAAUCGAGCUCCGCCGCCGCCGCAGUUUUUCAUCCACGUCAGUCAUAGACAUCUUUCCAGUUUCCCUAAACUUUCGAGAAAUUCCAGUUCUGCCUCCUCUUCAGUCGUCUCGGAUUCGACCAAAUGGGCAGGAACAACGAGUCGAUAGUUACACAAGUGGUCCCGAGACUGGUGAGAAUGGGCUACGGUAGCUGCGGGAUUACUGUUCGUUCGUUUCAGAGAAGAAAUCUGCCCGAAGUGGAUGAGGCGCUGUUCGUCAAUCUGCAGAAGGCGCUGGAUGUCAACCUCACGGUGUCAUAG